CUUUUUGCGUAAUAGAUGAAAUCUGAUUGACCCAUCAAUUUAUUAACUAUUUUUUUUUAUAUCUAUUUUUUUUUUAUAUCUUUGUUUAGGGAAUGUUUGCUAUUUAUGGUGUUAAUUAUUCCUGGGGUUUAUUUUUGCGCAACUACAACGAAUCCGUCUAUAUUGGGGAGAUGAAUCAGCUGUCGUGGAUAGGAUCCAUCUGUAUUUCACUUUAUUUUAUCAUUGGUCCGGUCAAUGAAUGGGUUGUCCGAAAACUUGGUUAUACAAAAAUGCUGGCCAUUGCCACAGUUUUGUGCCCCCUUGCUUUGAUGUUAGCCAGUAUUAGUCAUGAGAUUUGGCACUUGUAUUUGACUCAAGGAGUCAUGUUUGGCAUCGGGGCAUCGUUUGCUUGGUUUCCUUGUAUCGGAGCUCCUCAAGAAUGGUUCUCCAGUCGCCGAGGUACAGCUGUUGGUAUCACCAUGUGCGGGUCUGGAGUUGGUGGUCUUGUCAUCUCUAAUAUCUGUCAGGCAGCCAUCUUGAAUCUCGAUUAUCGUUGGUCUCUUCGUAUCGCCGGAUUUAUUUGCUUUUUCUUUUUGAUCCUUGCUACUAUUUUUGUGAGACAAUCACCGGCUCAAUUGGCGAAACAAUUGAAACAAGAUCAGGAUAACGAGGGCCUCUUAGAAAUGUUCAAAAAACAAAAGGUGUUGUUGAAAAAUUCUCAAUUCAAUAUUUUGUUACUGGUUGGUUUUGCUACAACCUUUGGAUACCUUGUGCCGUCUUUCCUUUUACCAUCCUAUGCAAAGUUUUUAAACUUGAAUCCUUGGGUGGGUACAAACUUAUCAGCCAUCAUGUCGGCUAUCAAUGCUGUUUCAAAAUUAGCAAAUGGGUUUACAAGUGACCGUAUCGGUCGAAUCAAUGGUUUGUUUAUUUGCACUUUUUUGGCCGGUGUCAUGAGUCUUGCUAUAUGGACGAACGCUCGUACUGAAGCUACAAUCUGGGUUUUCGCAGUUCUCUAUGGCUUCUUUGGUGGGGGCUACUUGACUUUAUUCCCAGCAUCGCUUCCUCAAGUUGCGGGAUAUGACAAUAUAGCUGCAGCCAACGGGCUCUUAUAUUUCACAAACACCUUUGGAUAUCUAUUCGGUACACCUAUUGCUUCAGCCAUUGUUAAUCGUAGUACACCGCCUAAUUAUGUUUAUGCCGCUGUCUGGGGCGGGCUCUUAAUGGCUGUAGGUGGAUUAUUCUGUCUGGCCUUACGGGUGAUGCGCGCUGGUUGGAAUCCAAUGGUUAAAGUAUAACUAACAUCAAUUUACAUUUUCUUCUAAUAAAUAGGUUCACAAGGGCUGUAGGAGCUCUCUCUCGGGGAAGGACGAAACUCUGCAUAUCUCAGUCAAGGGAGGGGACUCUUAUGGUUUUUUGUCGGGCCUUUUUUUUAUAUUUCGUCUAUUGCAUCAAGGGGUGCCUUUCGGUCUUCUUUUUCUUUCACGAGAAAAGUAGCUGUUAUGGCUGAGAUUUAUACCCUUAUCUAGCGGACCAGGAUAAUGCCUGCGUCGCGAUGAUGCGAUGAUGAAUUAUAGGUGAGGAGCCAAAUUUAGGGUCUUGAUGGGUGGUAUACUGGUUAAUGGAUAAAAAUAGGUAGUGGAAAUGGUGACAGGUGUAUAUCUUUUG